AUGGGCAGAGGAAUGCAAAGCAAUUCAGUCCUGUACUGGGAGAAAUCCCUCAUGAUUCAGAAAAAGGAAGUUGAGCGAGUUAAGAGCCCGCUAUACAGUACAAGCCCCGUUGAUGGAGAUAUCAGUUAUUGGAAGGCUCUGCUUUUUGGACCAGCAGGAUCUCCGUACGAGAACGGAGUUUUCCUAAUUGACAUGCACUUUCCUCCCCUUUACCCGUUCAAGCCACCAAAGGUCUUCUUCAGAACAAAGGUCUUUCACCCCAACGUAGGAGAUCGUGGAGAUAUCUUCCUACGGAUGCUCAGUACCGACUACUACUCGCCCAGUAGCACCAUCCAUAAGGUUCUCACAAAAAUUCAUGAGAUGCUGAGCAACCCAGCAUUGGGUGAGGGAGAGUACUACGAUGAAGAUAUAGCGAAGAUGUACAAGGAAGACAGGUCGGGAUUUGAUGGAAGAGCUCGGGAAUGGACGUUGGAGCACGCUUGGGCUACGGUUUAG